CUGAGGGGGAGGGGCUUAGAGGCGUUGCACAGGAAGUGAGGAAGUGUUCAGAAAUUACAGCUCCUGACAAGACCGCAGCCUCUAUCUCGCUCCACAUCAACGAAAGGUUUACAUGAUGGAGACCAUCGAGCCCAUCCUGAGCCUGGCCACCUCCAUCUACCAUCUGGUGGGGGAGGUCCAGGCCAACAGGAAGCGCUGUGAGCGCGUGGCCGAGCGCGUCCGGGAGCUGGCGGGGCUGGUGACCGCCUUGGGGGGCGGGGCUUCCACUGCUGACUCCAAGGUGAAGGCGGGGCUGGAGAAGCUAAUGUUGACGCUCCGGUUGGCUGAGGACCUGAUCAGGAAGUAUGCCGACGCCCGCUUCCUGAAGCGGCUGGCACGGGCGUAUCACCUGGGGGAGGACUUUGCCGAUGUCAACGACCGGCUCAACGACGCCUACCAGGUGCUGUCUCUGGCCCUCCAGGUGGAGCAGAGCCAGUCCUCCCGCUCUGCCUUCGAGGAGGCCCGCCGCCUCGCCGAGGACCAGGCCGACCAGCAGGACGACGCCCGCCACUUCCGGCAGAUCCUCGAGGCCACUCAGGAGACUUUGAACGCCACUCAGGAGACUGUGAACGCCACACAGGAAGACGUCCAGAAGCUCCGGGGCACAGUAGAGACUCUGAUCCAGACCGUCAGUAAAUCCAGGAUGGUGAAUCAGGACAUCAGGGUGAUCACAGCAGACGAGUUGACCUAUGACACCCAGCCCUUCAUGACCUCGCCGACCUCUGAGGUCUACAGGGGAGAAUACAACAAGUUCACCGUCGCCAUCAAACGCUUCACCACUACCGCCUCCACCUCCUCGCACGACAUUCAGAGGGUUUUCCAUAAGGAGAUAGAGACCAUGCGGCGCUUCGAGUCCCCCAACAUCUUGCGGAUGUUCGGCAUCUGUGUCCAGGACGAGAACGGGCCGUCGCCCACCUUCCUGAUAGUCAUGGAGUACUGUGAGAAGGGGAGUCUCCGUCAGGUCCUGGACAGCCCCCGGGCCCUGACCUGGGCCCGCCGGGCCGGCAUGAGCCUGGACGCCGCCCGGGGCCUCUACCGCCUCCACCAGACAGAGGACAAGGCCAAGGUUCACGGCUGCAUCAACAGCAGCAAGUUCCUCGUCGCCGAGGGAUACAGAGUGAAGCUGGGGGGUCUAGAGCUGGCAAAGACGGAGACGUCUCUGAGGAAGAGCUCCGACGGGCAGACCAGCUCACUGCGGUACUGCUCUCCCCAGCAGCUCCAGAACGUCAACUAUGUCUACAACAAGAAGUGUGAGAUUUACAGCUUUGGGAUUGUCUUGUGGGAAAUUGCAACUCGCAAGAAACCUUUUGAAGAUUGUUCGACUAGUCUUGACAUCUUCAACAAAGUGAUAACGGAGAAGGUUGUAGAGCGUCUGCCAGACGACUGCCCCCCAGCUCUGAGGACACUCAUCGACGCCUGUCGCUCCUUAGAUGACUUCAAAAGACCUUCAGCUGGAGUGGUGGUCGAUAAACUGCGCAGAGUUGUGGACGAGCUGGAAGAGGAGUGAGACAAGUUAACGUCUGGGAGAAGAGUGAGACAAGUUAACUUCUGGAAGGGGAGAGAGACUUGUUAACGUCUGGAAGAGGAGUGAGACAUGUUAACGUCUGGGAGAAGAGUUUGACGAGUCUAACCCUGAUCUCCAACGCUUCGGCGUAACAAUGUUGCACACUCGGGAAUGUUGGUUGUGGUUUGAUGAUGAUGGUGUUUGAUGAUGAUGGUGGUGAUGAAGGGGUGUAUUUGAGGAUGAUGGGGUUUGAUGAUGAGGUUGUUUGAUGAUGAGGUUGUGUGGUGAUGGUGUUUAUUGGUGUUUCAGGAUGAGGGUGUUUGGUGACGGUGGUGUUUGAAGAUUAGUUUUUUUUUUAUGAUGAAGAUGUUAGUACCUUAAUAAUGAUGGUGUUCAUAAUAACUUCAUAGCUAACCAAAUUACAAAUAUAUUUACGCCCAAAAUAUAUCCAUACAAUACGGAAAGGCCAAUAUUUCUACUGCAGUACUACAAUGAUAUUAUAUUUUUAUAUGAUAUUAUUAUAUUGUUAUUUGGUGGAACAAGUCUUAAAGCAUGCUAGGCUAGUUGUGUUGCUGUCUUAAUAAAUAAAACAUCUUUCAACCAAUCG